AAGUGGGGGGGACACAUUUUUUAAAAGGUCUUGUUUUUCCUGCUUCGGUUGAAAUAAGUGAGGGGGACAGAGAGCACAGAUGUGGGAAGUGGGGGCAACAUGUCCCACCCUGUACCCAUGGGGGUUACGCAGGUUAUCCAGGUGUCGUUUGGCUCCUCUUGUGUCCUGGCAACACUUCCCCACCUCUGGACCACAUGAAAGGACCUUUAAAGUUGCGCGAGUCGAAAAUCUUCAAAGUGAACCCUGAGAGGUGAGACUGGAUUAUAAAUUAUUUCUGGAGACACAGAGUGAGAUUCUGGGAGCUGGUGGGCUUGGAGCCAUGGAGGGGGACACGCAGAGAUCCGUUUUUUCUUCAUGGAGUGAAUGUUUCAUUAUGAGGCGGAUCCGUAUGUUGGUUCCUGUGGGUUUUAAAGAAGAAAUAAAAGAGCUGUCAAAACUGGCUGGACCUGUGUUUAUGGCCCAGCUCAUGUGUGCUGCUGUGAGUUUCAUCAGCACUGUUUUCUGUGGUCAUCUGGGGAAGACAGAGCUGGCAGGAGUGGCUUUGUCCAUAGCAGUCAUUAAUGUUACAGGAAUUUCUAUCGGCACUGGUUUGGCAUCAGCAUGUGAUACGUUGAUUUCUCAGACCUUUGGAAGCGGUAACCUCAUGAGAGUUGGAGUCAUUCUCCAGCGGGCAAUCCUCAUUCUGCUGCUGGCUUGUUUCCCCUGCUGGGCCAUCCUGAUCAACACCGAGUCCAUCCUACUGGCUGUCAAACAGGAGCCGGAGGUAGCCAGGUUGGCUCAGUUGUACGUGAAGAUCUUCAUGCCAGCACUUCCUGCCACCUUUAUGUUUUCAUUAGAAUCACGGUACCUGCAAAACCAGGGCAUCAUUUGGCCGCAGGUUAUCACAGGCUUUGUAGUCAAUCUUCUUAAUGCCCUCAUCAACUACAUUGUUCUGUUCGUGAUAAAAAUGGGAGUAGCGUGAGUAUGUCUUUUU